AUGUCCGAGCGAGGCCAUUUUCGUGGAGGUGGCCGGGGAGGAGGCGGAAGAGGGGGCGGAGGUGGUAGGGGCGGUCGUGGUGGUGCCGGCGCAUCUUCGCAGCAGUCCAAUCAACCACACGAAAAGCCCAAGAAGGAAAACAUCCUGGACCUGAGCAAAUACGUCGAGAAGCAGAUCAAUGUCAAGUUCAAUGGUGGACGAGAAAUUGUCGGCACACUCAAAGGCUACGACCAAUUAAUGAAUCUGGUAUUGGAUGAUGUCAAAGAAACCAUGAGAGAUGACGAGGGCAACGAGACAACAAGACCACUCGGCCUAGUUGUCGCCCGCGGCACGCUGCUCGUCCUGAUCUCUCCGGUCGACGGGAGUGAAGAGAUUGAGAACCCUUUCCAACAACCGCCAGAAGAGUGA